UAAGAAUAAAGAAAGAUGUAGAGUUAGACCAUAGCACGCUACUUCUACAAUAUGAGGUUCUGACCUUUGCUGGUAAAACAUUUGAGGAUCUGGACCUCUUUGAAUUAUAAUUGAAUACUCUUGAAUUAUUGUUUAAAUAAUUUAAGAUUGUGGCAUUUAAAAGGGCAGUAGUAUUACCACCGGAAAUGAGUUACUUAAACUUACAUUGAAAUGUCAUGAUUUAAAGCAUAUAAAAGUGCUGCAACAUCAAACAAUGUGUUGGAAAACACAGAAGUAACGAAUAUAUUACAUUGAUUGUUAGUAAUCAUAUAAUUGUGCACAUUGACAAAUCCCGUUUUGAUCGCUGAUGGUGAUGGUGACGCUUUUAUUUUGAAAUUUCCGCUCAGAUCUUCGUUCUUCGCUUCCUGUGAAGGCUGUACAUCGACUGUUCUACAUUUAAGAGAUUCGGCUGGAUUUUAUAUAAGAAGACAUCUUUUGGGACAACGUACGUGAUGUUAACAAGGAAGGAUAAAGUCUCCGAGAGUGUUCAGCCUACCUUUGCACUGUACCAGAAGAGUCUCAUUGCUGUCUGGAGGAUGACCACAUAGGAAGCAGACAUUCAGAGUGGGCUAUAAAACUUGGAAGAGCUUUUAUUCAAGAUGAAUGUCUUGCAAGGAAAAGAAAGCAUACAAGGCAAAGAAGAACAGUAGGUGAAUUCACUGCAGAUGGAAAACAAGGACAACUGCUGUAUGAAGAACAAACACAAAGAUGGAUACCAACAAAGUAUGGCAGUGGCGCAUUAUGUGUGUAGACAAAUAUUCAAGACAUCCAGAACCUUUCCAUUGCAGCAAUAGGAUUGGAUUGGAUUUUAAUGUAGCAUCCAACAACCAUCAAAAACUGGAUAUAGGUUUAGUGACAAAUGGGGUCAUACUUGAGGUCUGUGACUUUGCUAAAACAGUAAACAAGAGUAAAAGGCAUUUUUUCACAAACAUUUUAGAGAACAAUUUCGAUCUUGAUUUGGAAAAUGAUCAACAGCGGAUUGAUUUUACAUCUCGAAUUAUGCACAAAGUUAAAAACUUGAUUAGGAAACCUCCUAAAGAUAAACAUGAAGUUUUCACUCUCUUUGACACACCAUGUAAUCCAGAAUGCUCGAGCAGCAAUGAACCGAACAUGGCAUCCACAAAGCAUAAGACUGAAAGUAUCCUGGUGGAGAUGGAUAACACUGAUGAUUGGGAACAUGAAGAGGAAUUACAGUGUUCACACGCAACAUCCAAAGAUUGCAUUAAGGCAGAAAGUCUCUUGGAAGAGAUGGAUAGGGCACAAAGUGAUGACAGUGACUAUGAAGAUGAAUUCAAGUUUUCAGAAGCACAGUCAGCAGAGAAACAAAAAGAUGAUGAUUUUUCCAAGUUGUUUCCCUUUUGUGAGAAAAUUGGUCUGAACCUUGAUUUUGGGUCAAAACAAAGUCUAGAGCCAGGUUUGUUGACAAAGGGCAUAAUGUUAGAGUUAAUUCACUUCACCAGAAUUCUCACUGCAUCCUACAGCCCUAUUGUUCUGGAUGUUUUGGAGCACAAUUUUGAACUUGAUCUAAAAAGCCAACAAGAAAAAAGUCGAGCUUUGUUCAAGAUAUCGCACUUGCUGAAGAAAAGAACGAGAUUUCUCAACAUUGGUACCAAAAUAAGCCCAGAGUUUAAAACUGAGCUGUUUUCAUUCCAGACAAAUCCCUUCAAAAGACACAGAGAAACAGCUCUGUCUGAUAUGGAAGCUCCGCAAUAUCAGUUUAAGGAAGUGACAAAAAGAAGGCAGUCUGAUUUAAAAAGUAAACAGGCAAUCAAAAGGCGCAAAAGAGACAUGGAAACAAACACACUCUCUUAUCACACUCAUUUGUAUAGCACUAGAACAGCAGAGAGAGAUCAUUGUCACACUUGUCCUGUAGGAAAGUCUGAUUCUGGCAAAAAAUGUGACAUGGAACAAGAAGUAAUGGAAACAGAGGGAAACUGUUCUUAUCCCCUGGGAUCAUCUCAACUAAUCUUGGGCAAAGCCACAGAUUCAGGAAACUUUUGCAAACAGAAUCAGUCACAAAACCCCAAAAGUUCUCUGGGCUACGACAUUCCUAGAAAACCAGAAUCAAACUGUCUUCAUGUGCCUUUCCUCAACACCAAUUACAUUGUAUCCACUUUACCAACUGAUAACUUAAAUUUGAUUCCACCACUUGCGGGUCAACAUAAUGAAGGAGGGCAUUGUGGAGUUGAGGAGAAAUGUCAGACUCCAAUAAAUGUUCCAAACAAGUCAGACAUGGAACAAGAAGCACCUCUCCACACCACAGAUGACAUUUCAUCCAGUUUACCAACCGUAAACUCAAAUGCAAAUCAAACGAAUGAGGGAGGAUGUUGUGAAGUUAACGCGCAGACACAAACUUCCAAAAAUACACUAAACAUAGGUGACUUGAAACAAGAAGAAAUGGAAACAGAGAACUCAAAUGCAAACCCACCAUUUGCAAAUCAACCAAUUGAAGGAUGGCAUUGUGAAGUUGAAGAGCAAAUACAAACAUCAAGAAAUAUACUCAACAAUGGUGACAUGAAACAAGAGGAAAUGGAAACGGAGAACAACAUGUGGAAGUUGCGUGCUAACCGUGCAAGAAAAAUCCUCUCAACAUUCGAGUUUGGUCCAUUCCACAACUCAAUGAAAUGCCUUGAAUUCAAUGUUGGAUUUAGUGCUAAGAAGAACAUCAGUAUUGACAACUUGCGUGACACUCAUCUGCUCGAAGUUGCUAAAUUUGCCAUAGCAAUGAAUUCAUCCAAGCAGGAUUUCAUCAUGGAGAUUCUUGAGCACAACUUUGACUUCGGCUUACAAAGUGAAUACCAGCAAAAUGUAUUCACAUUGGAAAUUAUGAAUCGAGUGAGAGAGCUGGAAAAUUGUGAAGAUGCAAUUAAAUUCUCAAAUGAGGUUUUUGAGCUUCCUGGUCGUCCUGGUAUGGGCAAUGUAAAACCUCAACUCAGCAACAUAACGAAAAUAGAGUGCAAGUUUUCUCCACUGCUCCCACCUCAUUCUCAAGCUAACACUUCAGAACAUAUUUCACAGAAAAGUUUGGAUCUUUAUCCUUUCUGCCAGGAAAUAGGUCUGAAGCUAAAUGUUAACAAUCAUCUACCAAAAAAACUGGACAUCAAAAAACUCUCCAAUGGAUCCAUUACUGAAGUGACAAAUUUUGCAGAAAAGUUGUGCGGAACAUUUGAGCAGACAUGUCUUGACAUCCUCAGACACAACUUUUCCUUUGAUUUUCAAAGUGAAGAUCCUGACCUUGGCAGAAAUAUUCUUGCACGGAUUCCUUUUCUAGUGGAGAAGCAGAAUCUAUCAAAUUGUGUAAUCCUUGGAACGGGCACAAGAAAAGACUCGUCAAUGAUGGUCAAACUGGAUUGCCAGAGCAACCAAAAGGUAGAUGCAUGUAAAGCGGAUUCUCUUCAGACUGUGAAGAUAGACCAACAGGUAGGCAGAUCUACUGAUUUCGGACAGCAAGAUGAGCUGAAUUUAAAGCUGUGGAAAUGUCGGUCUAAUCAGAUUGAGCAAGUCCUCUCAGUACCUCAUGAAGAACAUUGCCCACUUUAUUCUUUCUCUAGAUGCAAGAAGUUAGGAAUUGAUUUCAAUGUAGGAUCUGGAUUCAAAAAAAAUCUUGAUCUAGAAUUGUUGACCAAUGGCAUCAUGGUUGAAUUAAACACAUUUGCUGCAACACUAAUAUCAGCACAAAAGCACUUCAUCACAGAGAUACUGGAGUAUAAUUGUGAUCUUGAUUUAAGGAAUGAGCUGCAUCGCAGUGCCUUCACCCAUGAAGUAUGGAGAAAAAUUAACGUAUCACAUUUGAAGAAGAUGGAUUCUAGCGAUUAUCGGAAAAAAAAGCUUUUUGAACUGCCUGACAUGAUGUGCUUAGAAAAUCCUACAAAAUAUUGCCCCAAAUGCCUCCAAGAAAGAAGUCAUAAGCUUUUUCAGGAUGACUCUGACCGUAGUCACAUGCAUCAUCUUCAUCCACUAACAAUGGAGGACAUAAUCUCUGGUGAUGCAAACUGCACCGAACAAAGGACUGCAAGGGAUCAGUCCACUACCCUCUCAGGAAGAGAGGAAACGAUAAUGGCCAAAUACCCUUCUUGCAAGGAAAUUGGUUUUAUCCUGUUUGUGGACAAAGACAAACCAACAAAUACAUUUGACACAAAUGUAUUGACAAACGAGAUUAUUCAUGAAGUAGUCAGAUUCACCAAAAAACUGUGUGGGACUAAAAAUUGCAUCAUCAAAGAUGUCCUUGAACACAACUUCAACAUGGGCAUGCAGGGGAGACAUUUUACUCCUAGGAUUCCAAAUCAAAUACUGACGCCAGACUGGUUCAAUAAAGUUUAUGUUAUUCAUCAGAAUGCCAGCAAACGGGAAACUACUGUCAAAAAAAGAACGUUUCCACUGCAAACAGAGAAAGAAAGAGCAGACGACUACACUUGUCCUCUAGUAGAGUCUGACUCAGACAAAUUCACAGAUUCAGGGAACUGUGGCAUUCAGGAUAACUUGAACAAUCCAAAUAAUUCUCUAAGCUUAGACAUUCCAGAACAAUUUGUUAUUCUUGCACCUCUCCACACCACAGAUAACAUUUCAUCCAGUUUACCAACUGUAAACUCAAAUGCAAAUAAAACGAAUGAGGGAGGAUGUUGUGAAGUUAACGCGCAAACACAAACUUCCAAAAAUACACUAAACAUAGGUGACAUGAAACGAGAGGAAAUGGAAACAGAGCACGACAUGUGGAAGUUGCGUGCUAACCGUGCAAGAAAGAUCCUCUCGACAUUCGAGUUUGGUCCAUUCUACUACUCAAUUAAAUUUGGCCUUGAAUUCAAUGUUGGAUUCAGUGCAAAGAAGAACAUCAGUGUUGACAACUUGCGUGACAAUCAUCUGCUUGAAGUUGCUAAAUUUGCCAUAGCAAUGAAUUCAUCCAAGCAGGAUUUCAUCAUGGAGAUUCUUGAGCACAACUUUGACUUCGGCCUGCAAAGUGAAUACCAGCAAAAUAUAUUCACAUUAGAAAUUAUGAAUCGAGUGAGAGAGCUGGAAAAUUGUGAAGAUGCAAUUAAAUUCUCAAAUGAGGUUUUUGAGCUUCCUGGUCAUCCUGGUAUGGGCAAUGUAAAACCUAAACUCAGCAACAUAAUGAAAAUAGAAGAGUGCAAGUUUUCUCCGCUGCUCCCACCUCAUUCUCAAGCUAACACUUCAGAACAUAUUUCACAGAAAAGUUUAGAACUUUAUCCCUUCUGCCAGGAAAUAGGUCUGAAACUAAAUGUGUACAAUCCACAGCAAAAUAAAAAACUGGAUAUUGACAAACUCACCAAUGGAUCAAUGACUGAGGUGACAAACUUUGCAGAAAAGUUGUGUGGAAAAUUUGCCCAGAUAUGUCUUGACAUCCUCAGACACAACUUUUGCUUUGAUUUCCAAAGUGGAGAUUCUGACCUGGCCGGAGAUAUUCUUGCACGGAUUCCUUUUAUAGUGGAGAAGCAGAAUCUAUCAAAUUGUGCAAUUCAUAUAACUGGAAAGGACACCACAAAAGACUCUACAACAAUGGUAAAACUUGAUUGCCAGAGGAACCCACAUUUAGAUGCAUGUAGUGAUGGAUCUUCUCAGUCUGUGGAAAUAGUCCGACCGGUAGGCAGAUCUACUGACUUUGUACAGCAAGAUGAGCUACAUUUAAAGUUGUGGAAAUGUCGAGCUAAUCACAUUAAGCAAAUCCUCUCAGUACCCCAUGAAGAACAUUGCCCACUUUAUUCUUUUUCUCGAUGUCAGAAACUAGGCAUUGAUUUCAAUGUAGGAUCUGGAAUAAAACAAAAUCUUGAUCCCAAAUUGUUGACCAAUGGUAUCAUGGUUGAAAUAAACUCCUUUGCUGCAGCAAUGCUAUCAGCUCAAAAGCACUUCAUCACAGAGAUACUGGAGUAUAAUUUGAAUCUUGAUUUAAAAAAUGAGCUAUAUCGCAGUGCCUUUACACAGCAACUAUGGACAAAAGUAACACCAAUGAAUGUCAAGAGAUCCAAACGUUGGUUGAUGAAUACUCUUUUUGAACUGCCUGACUUGAUGUGCCUACCAAAUCCUUCAAAAUAUUGCCCCAAAUGCUUUCAAGAAAGAAGUCAUAAGCUUUGUCAGAAUGACUUUGACCCUAGUCAUAUACAUCAUCCUCGUACUCAUACCACGGCGGGCGCUGUCUCUGAUGAUGCAAACUACACAGGACAAAAGACUGUAAGGGAUCGGUCUUCUACCUUCUUAGGAAGAGAGGAAACGAUAAUGGACAGCUACCGUUGUUGCCAAAAAAACGGUUUUAUGCUGUUUGCAGACGAACACCAACCAAAAUCUAAAAAGGAUCGACCUGUAUUGACAUAUGGGAUUAUGAAUGAAGUUGCCAGUUUCACCAAAAAACUGUGUGGGACUAAAUAUAGCAUCAUUAAAGAUGUCCUUGAACACAACUUCAACAUUGGCAUGCAGGGGAGACAUUUUUUUCCUACGAUGUAUUUUCACAGAGCGACACCAGACUGGUUCAAUGAAGUUUAUGUUUUCGUCAGUAUGCCCGCAAACGGGAAACUACUCCCAAGAAAAGAAAGCUUACACUGCAAACAAAGAAAACAAGAGCAAAAAACUACACUUGUCCUCUAGAAGAGUCUGAUCUAGACUCAGUCGAAAUGACAGAUUCAGAAAACCUAGGCAUUCAGAAUCACUGUUUUCUAAGCUCAGACAUUCCUGGACAAUUAGAAUCAAGUUGUCUGGGUCAUCCCGUGCCUUCCCUCACCUCUGAUGACAUCUCAUCCAGUUUACCAAAUGUAAACGCAAACGUAAACAAACCCUUUGCUCAUCAACCAAAUGAAGGAGGGCGUUGCGAAUUUGAUCAGCUGACACAAACUUCAAGAAAUGAACCAAAAAAAGGUGAUAUGAAACUAGAAGAAAUGGAAACAGAGAACUCAAACCUUAACCCACCCUUUGCUAAUCAACCAAUGGAAAGAGGGUGUUUUGGAGUUGAAGCGCAAACACAAACUUCAAGAAAUACACCAAACAAAUGUGACGUCAAACAAGAAGAAAUGGAAACAGAGAACAACUUGUGGAAGUUGCGUGCUAACCGUGCAAGAAAAAUCCUCUCAACAUUCGAGUUUGGUCCAUUCAACAACUCAAAGAAAUCAGGUCUUGAAUUCCAUGUUGGAUUUGGUGCAAAGCAAAAUAUUAGGGUUGACAAUUUGCGAGACACUCAUCUGCUUGAAGUUGCAACAUUUGCCUUGGCAAUGAAUUCUUCCAAGCAGGAUUUCAUCAUGGAGAUUCUUGAACACAACUUUAAUUUCGGCUUGCAGAGUGAAUACCAGCGAAACAUAGUCACAUUGGAAAUUAUGAAUCGAGUGAGAAUGCUGGAAAAUUCUAAAGAUGCGAUCAAAUUCUCAAAUGAGAUUUGUGUACUUCCUAUUCUCCCUGGUAUGGGCGAUGUAAAACCUCAACUCAGCAACAUAUUGAAAAUGGAAGAGUGUGAUGUUGCUCCCGGGUUCCCAACUCAUUCACAAGCUAAAACUUCAGAACAAGUUUCACAGAAGGAUGUAGAUCUCUAUCCCUUCUGCCAGGAAAUAGGUCUGAAGUUAAAUGUUAACAAUCAUCAACCAAAUAAACUGGACAUCAACAAACUGACAAAUGGAUCAGUGGCUGAAGUGACAAACUUUGCAGAAAAGUUGUGUGGGACUUUUGAGCAGAUUUGUCUUGACAUUCUUACACACAACUUUGAUUUUCAUUUGCAAAGUGGAGAUCCUGACCUUGCCAGAAGCAUUGUUACCCGAAUUCAUGCUACAGUGGAGCGAAGGAAUCUAAAACGCUAUGUGAAACCCUUCAAGGGACCAAAGAAACUAGGAAAAGAAAAUCUAUGGUGGAAAUUGAAAUUAAAGAACAACCUUAAUACAGAUGGAUGUAGUGCUGGUUCGUCCCAUACUGCCAUCACAAACCAAGAAGUAGGCAGUUCUGCGGUUGAACAUAAAAAUGAACUAGAUUUAAAGCUGUGGAAAGUGCGGGAAAAUCGUAUACAGCAAAUUCUCUCAACACCUCAUACUGAACAUUGUCCGUUAUAUUCUUACUCUAGAUGCAGGACAUUAGGCAUUGAUUUCAAUGUAGGAUCUGGAGAAAAACUAAAUCUCGACCCAAAAUCGCUGACCAAUGGCAUCAUGGUUGAAUUGAAUACGUUUGCCACAGCACUGAUAUCAGACCCAAAGCACUUCGUCACAGAGAUAUUGGAGUAUAAUUUUCCUCUUGAUUUAAAAAAUGAACUGUAUCGCGAGGCCUAUAAAGAGCAACUAUUGGCAAGCAUAAAUGCCCAAGUAAUUGGGAUGAAAAUGUACUCUGUGAAUAAGCCUUUUGAACUGCCUAACUUGAUAUGCCUAAAAAAUCCUACAAAAUAUUGCCCCAAAUGCUUUCAAGAAAGAAGUCAUAAGACUUGUCAGGUUGACUCUGACCCUAGUCACAUGCAUCAUCCACCUACACAUACCAGGGCGCACGCUGUCUCUGGGGAUGCAAACUGCACAGCACCAAAGCCUGAAAAGGUUCAGUCCUCUUCCUUCUCUGCAAUAGAGGAGAUGAUAAUGGAAUACUUUCCUGCUUGCAAGAACACAGGUUUGAACCUGUUUGUUGACAAAGACCAAGCAGGAGAUAAACUUGACACCAAUGUACUGACUCGCAAAAUUAUGUUGGAAGUGGUUGGUUUUGCCAGAUCAUUGUGUGGAACAAAGGGUGACAUCAUUGGUGAUAUCCUUGAACACAACUUUAACAUUGACUUGCAGGGGACAAGUCCUGCACGUUUGUUCUACUCUUUAGCCCCGAAGAAAGUUGGGCCUGACUGGUUUAAUGAGGUCUUUGAAAUUCCAUUUCAGUCUUCUCAGAGACAACUUCCAACUUGCAAAUCGACUCGGCGAGAUCGGAUUCAGGAUGCUGGAUGGAGGGAGGUUAGUGAAAAAAGAAAGCUGGCACUGCAAACAAAGAAGGAAAAAGACACAAUGACAAGUGAUAAUCCUUAUAAGAUACAAUACAAGAGAAAAAAAUACAAAACAAUGCGUUGCAGUCAGGUGAUCUGUUAUCCCAAUUGCACGGAGAUAGGUUUGGAUUUGGAUGUAACAAAAUCCGGAGAGAAAGAAAAACUGCACUUGAGGCUAUUGACCCAAGCUGUAGUGUCGGAGAUAAAUAAAUAUACACAAACAAAUAGAGGACACUAUUUGCCAAGCACUUGGUAUGACAUCCUUGACUAUAACUUUGAUAUUAGCUCCCAACACAGAAGAAGCUGGGAGUUUUCAAUAGCUGUAACGACCAAAGUCCAAGCCAUGCUCAGAGGUUAUGACAGAUACAGUAAGGUAAACAAGAUCUUCGAAUUGCCAUUUUUAUUUGCUUCACAAAGUCAUCUAGAGAAGAGCCAAAAUAAGCAAUGUCGGCUCUUUGGUCGUUUUGUGCGCCAAGUGAAAUACCAUUCAGGUGUUAGUUGUGUCCAUUUUCUCGAAGGCUGCAAAACAAAAGAUUGGAUCCUUCGUGAUGGCACAAAGGUACAAAGCGAUCCUAGGAAGAUUGUCCAAAACAAUGGGAACCAAGUGGGUGAUGGUUGUGGCAGUCCUCUCCAAGGAAACUUGCAAAUCAAAGAGGAGGAUUGGCAUCCAUGUUAUGGAAAUAUAAAACCAGAACCGGACUCAGAGGAAAAAUAUUGUCCUCUUCAUGAUGAUGUCAAAACGGAGUCAAACCCUGAGGACGUUGCGCAUUUUGUCCCAGGUGAUCCUACAGGAGUUCUUGGACAUACGUUAAUGACUGCAUUGCCAGAUUCUGAAAGACACCAAACGGAACCAGAAAAUGAGAAUGUCCAGUAUUACAUCCUGGGUGCACCACAAGGGUCCGUUACACAUCCGAACACAGCUUGUAACUUAAAUACUGAAUGGGAGUUUGAAAAUGUUGAGUAUUCAGUCCCAGUGGAAACAGAAGAAUCCCAGGAAUACUCCAUGGUUAUAAUAGGUCAUGGCAAUGAGAGCACAUUAAUCAAAGAAGAGGAAGAUAAUGUGCCUGUUGACUUAUACCAUUAUGGUGGUCAAUGAAAGUGCAGCAGGUAUCUAUCAGGGUUAACAUAAAUUGUAUGUGUGUUUUUCAUUACAAAUGCCAUUAGCUGCCUUAUUGUAAUGCAAAUGUAUUAAUUGUUGGUGUAGAAUGAUCUUGCAGUAAUGUGUUGCUGUAAUGUAUACUUUAAAUAUCUCAAUGUAAAUACAAAGACUCAAAGUGUCCACAAAUAUUGAUGUAUGAUUAAAGUGUUUAAAUGCAUAGGGCUAUUACAUAUUAUAUGUUGAAGCAUGAACAAUUGUUCUUUAUUUUUCUGCCAGUGGCCCACUUUUGGUAAUUUCCAAAUGUGUAAAAAUGUGAACUUGGAUAUCCUGACGCUUAACUUUACUUGGCGGAAAGAAGAUUAUUGUGCUUUAUUCUUAAACAUUCUAGUCUUGUUUUCCUUUAUUUGGGCAUUUUGUUCAUAUGUCCAUAUUUCUUGUUUCUAUUUGUAUGUUUUCUCUAUUUUUCAAAAAUAUUUGAUUAGUGACAUUUUCAAGAUUUUGUAUAAUUAUUUUUUCAGUGGUGGUGUACAUUGGUGAAGAUGAGUGUUAGUACUGAAUAAAUCUGCUAAUACAACAACAAUGUAGAAAGUAAAAAAUACCUGUAUCUUGAUGGAUUAGUUUGUUUUUCAUUUUGAUUUCACCACACAUGUUUGAUAUAAAGAAUGUUCAUGUA